CAAAUAAAAUAUGCAAUGUUUUUACAUAUGUAUUAACCUGUGCGUAUUGGAUGACCAAAAUAACUUUUCCGGAAUAUAAAACGUUCCUUGAAUGGAAUGUUUUAAACCAUAGCAGAAAAAUACUGCAUCAAGCAAUAUACUUCCAGGAUUCAACUGUGAAGAGAAGCGUUCAAAUCGAUAUGUCUGUUUCUAAAAUAGAAACGCGCAAGCACAGAAGAAAACAUUAGUGGUUAGAUUGUCAGUUGAUAUGUUUAACAUAUCUUGCUGCAAGGAGAUUUAUACAACAAUUUAGGUAUUUAAAACUUAACAUACCAAUAUUUACAGAAUAUAAAGUGGUGCACAGACUGGAUAUUUCAGUGAAAUCGUUUUACAAAGAUUGUACUUUCUUCUACUUUCCUGCAAGGAUGCUGAACAGGGACAGAUAUGACUACAUUUAAAGACUAAACAAUAGCAUUUUUCCGUUCGAAGACAGACGUGUAUGAAUUCUGUAGUGCUGUAAAUUGAAUGCAGUUGGACUCCUAAGGAUGAAAGAUUUUGAUGACAAUGACAACACGGAAGUCGAUAUGUCCAAUCAAUCAGAGAGACUCGUCUCUGACACGGAUGUCGAGAUUCAGACCAGCCCAAGUAGAAUGAAUCCCACGUCGGUGCGUUUUGAGGGUAUGUUGGUAGAGAUUAUCAACCCGACAACACUGACCAUUGAUUGGUGUCCCGUGCUCAAUAGCGACAGUUUACGAGGUUACAAAAUACGUUAUGCCAUGAAAGACAUGUCCUCCUAUAAUGAGAGAUUUGUUUCGCCAGGUAUAUCAAACUAUACAAUAACUGGCUUAAGACCAAAUACAGAAUACGUUAUAAGUGUAUAUGCUGUAGACGAAAACGAGGCGAUACUUCGAAACUGUGGCUUCGGAACACAUAAAACUGAUGAAAUCGAAGGGACGGCAAAUGCCGGCCCCAUGCCUUAUAUUGCUGCGUUGAUAGCGGUCGUAUUGCUUACCACAGCCAUAGUGGUGCCCCUAUCCAUCCUCUUCACGGCAUGAGCCGUUUACUGCCUUGAGCUUCACCAAAAGUGGCCCUACUAAAUAUUAAAAUCUCAAGGGAAACAACGUUCAUUUUUAACGCGAAGGAGAGAAUUUCAAUCAACAAAAGUGUAGUAUUACAGAAAGCAAAGAACGUCAUAAUCAGCGACCAUGGUCGCUGACAAUUAAUUCUUCACGCACUUUUGUUUGAAAACAAAAUUGCAUAUUAAUAAAUCCCAUACAUAAAUAGGGCGGCAAAUAAAAAUCGAUGUGUGUUAUAAUGUUAUUAUGUGUGUUAUAAACAUGAAGGACUUAAACGAUAUCACACCAGGUAUCAAUCUUAAGCAUGUAAAAGAUUACUCGUCUGAUGUUUUAUUGUGUUAAUGUAUUACUUUAACUGCUUAUGUACAUUUAAUUAAACUUAGAUUCUGUACAUUAUGAGUGUUACGGUUGUCAACAAUGCAACCUCGAAUGGGCUUUUUGUGUAAUUCUUUCCCUAGUAGAUUUAAUUUAUCUUUACACGUGUAGAUGUGGGCUGGUGAAUAUCGCUGUAGAAUCGCUACACUGAGUAAAAACCCAAUCCAUGCUGUUCCAACAAUCUUCGUAUAGUAUAACUUGGUGUUGUCCUAUCUUCAAUCAGGUUCGUUUACGUUAGGUAAUGUGGUGUAUGUACUGGUCUGUAGUGAUUAACUAUAUGUCAUUGUCGACACCUUAUUCUUUUCUGAU